AUGAUGCCUGUAUUAAUUUCGCUUCUUUUAGUGGACCUAUCAACCGCCACGAGUUUGCCAGAAGUGAUGUCAUACGCGAAAGUAUCGCGAAACGGCCAGGAAGAAACAGAUAGUAGCAACGACCAGACCUCGUGGAUCACCAGCAAUGGAACCCAAGACGAGGGCAGGAGCAUCAAACACAUCGCCAUCACGAUGUCACCAGUUUACAUUGCGCCGAAAAUUCCGAAAUUGCAGAACGGGGAAGCUGCUAAUUAUUCACCAGUAAGAUACUCGACGCUGGACCACGAGAUGAUAGCAAAGUUAAAUUCGAAGAAAACAAUUCAAGACAGAUACCAUCCGCCACCGAUCAUUUCUUUCAAGAAUAGAGGUCCUGCAAACGACGCGAAACAAGUCUCGAGACCUAUUCGUCCACCGAGUGGUCCACCGAGUGGUCCACCGAGUGGUCCACCGAAUGGUCCUCCGAAUGCUUCACCAAUUGGCCCACCAAUGGGACCACCAAGUGGCCCAUCCGAUGAUUCUCCCAGUGGUCCACCCAGUGGACCACCUGAUGACUCUCCCAGCGGUCCACCAUCUUCGAGCAGCUUCGACUUCUCUAAGCCAACAUUCUCGGACAGCUACGACUACAAACCACCAGACUAUUUCAACGACAAACCGAACUCGAAGCCAUCGGAGUACCUCAGCGAUAAGCCGAUUGCCAAGCCACCGGACUACCUCGGCGAUAAGCCGAUUUCUAAACCUCUGUCGAUGAACGAUUACCAAGACUUCGACACGAACGACAAGCCUCCGGACUCCUACAAACCAGACCCUCAUUACAACUCUCACGAUCACGACUCCGACUACCCCGAUUUUCCAUCCGAUUCGUCUUACAACGGCGACACACCACCGAAACCGAUCGAGUACUCGGGCCACCUGGACCAUCCUCCUUACAGCGACGAUCACGAUUUCCACCACGAGGUGAUCUACGAUCACAUACCGGAGUACCACGAGCACGAUCACACCGAGCAGCCGGAAAUGAACGACCAGAGGCUCGACAAGAGGCCCUACUCUUAUUACUACAUAGGGAAGAAGCUCUGGUACGUUCCUUUGUACUUCAGCAUCUACUUCAUCAUCUACAUCGCGGCCCUGGUGCUGAAGAGCAUAGCCAGACACAAGAUCACGUUCCCCAAUCAUCUGGCGGAAGCUGUCGCGCACUCCAGAUCGCACAUGGACUCCAGCUGGUGGGAUCUUACGGGACGGGUACUCGAGGGAGUGGAGAACUUCGCGGAGAAGUAUGGAUUGGUUACAUAGAAUAGCGAUUGAUUAACUUCUUUCACUCGUGAAACGAACAUACCGAUGAUCAGACUGCAUAUUUUUCUAAUAAAGUCUUUGCAAACGUACCUACAAAAAUUGAACCUGAAUAGAAAUUUAUUUGACUCUGCAAAUAUUAUAAUAUUGACUCUUCUUUCAAUGUUUUUUAUAUUAUUUUAUACUGUGUGCAUUUUAUAGUUUAUGCAUAAAAAUGCCAAAAAUUUCGCGGUCUAGUGAUGAUUUCCAUUUGAGAAAUUUAUGAUAGUAUGAAUACAAGCAUUGUGGGCAUCGAAACUACUUUAAGAAUGGGUACGUCAGUCUUGACGAGAGCAAAAUAAUUGUUGUCGUUUCUUUUAUUUACUCACUGCAGAGGAUCUUUGAUGUUUGUUUACGCUUUCUGCAACUCCAAAGAAUCUUUGAUAGUUUAAUAACGUCUCAGAGUGGUCUCAAAGAGAGUUCCACCCCAUUUCAUUCGCUCUCCUACUGUUUUUAUACGCGUGUAUCUGUUACAUAACUUUACUUGCUUAAGCUUGAGAAUUACUGUGCGGAGGAUGUACUUUGUAUGUGUAAAUAUUAUAGUUAAGGGUUUUGUAAAUAUUCUCCUAUGUAUUAUU